CUAUAACCAUCACCAACAAACAAUUAUACGCAAGAAAAGUUCCUCUCAAUUACCUUCCAACCCAUAAACCAGUGUACUUAUAACGAAUUGAACAUCAAGAAUGGUGAAAACAACAGUUAGCUUGAUGAGCUUUCUUGUUUUAGCGAUGGUUGUAGCCUUUCUUCCAACCCAAAAUCAUGCACUAAUGCCAUACACACGUCCCAUGUGGGACAUAAUGUUUCCACCAGAUGACCCUUUCAGGAUUCUUGAACAAACCCCACUGACAAUCCCGAAAGGUGUAGAAACAAUCGCCUUAGCUCGUUCAGAUUGGAAGGAAACAGCAAAAGAGCAUGUAAUUACACUUGACAUACCAGGGAUGAAGAAAGAGGACAUCAAGAUUGAGGUAGAAGAAAACAGGGUGUUGAGAGUUAGUGGUGAAAGGAAAACUGAUGAAGAAAUUGAAGGGGACAAGUGGCAUAGAGCUGAGAGAACUUCAGGGAAAUUUUGGAGACAAUUUAGACUUCCCGGAAAUGCUGAUUUGGAACAAAUUAAGGCUCAUUUGGAAAAUGGUGUAUUAAAGAUUACUGUGCCAAAGUUGGCUGAAGAGAAGAAGAAACAAACUAAGGUGAUUAGUAUUGCUGAGGAAAGUAACUCUGCUGGUGGUGAGGAUAUUAAAGCUACCAAAGCUGAGAUGUAACUUAAGAAGUUUGAACUGUGUUAGUCUGAUGUUUGGUUUGUUGAUGAUCGUCUUUUUAUGUGUCUGUAAUAAAGUUCUUGAAUAGUAUGUGU